ACAGAGAUAGAGAGGAAGAAUCACUGAAGUAGCACGGGGGAGACAAGCUGAGACACGGACAGUGAGAAAGAGGGAGCUUGCAGCACCUGAGAGGCAGCAGCAGCAGCUUAAUUAGCAUCAGGGGGAGAGCUGGUCACAGGCAGCCACAUCAGGACUCAUGUAGAGAAACUGCGCUCGUGGAGCAGCACGGGGAGGCUACAGCGGAGGAGGAGAACGAGGCUGGAGCCAAAGCUUGAGCGAGAGGAUGAGAAGCAUCGCUGCCACCUGACUCAUACUGGGAGUCAGCCUCAGCACCUGCAGCUGCAGUCUGAGCACUCCGGCUAUCAAGGAGACUGGGGCAGACGGGGAGAGAGCUGCUGAGAUUAUGCGCGGGGCAGAGAGCUCCUGUGGAUUCCCCAUCUUUGGCAACGGCAGCAGCAGCAGGAGGAGCAGGAGCUGUGGCUCUACAGACAGCAGCAGAGCUAGCUGGAGCUGCAGCAAAACAAGGAGCUCUGACUCCAAAGCUAUUUAUUUAUCAAGAAAUGAAGGUAGCAUUUACAGCCAAGGUGUAACAGGAACCAGCUGUCAAUGUAGCCACAGUGUUGAAUGUACCUGUAGCCAGAGCAGUGACGGUAACUGCAGAGCUGGUGCAAAGGUGCCCACAGCAGUGCAGUUAGGUGUAGUUGUAGCAGUAGCAGGGGGGGCAGUGGCUCAGGACACUGAAUGACCAGCGUGGCUGAUGAAGGCCACCUGGAUCCGCUUGCUGAAACGAGCCAAGGGAGGUCGCGUCAAGAGCUCCGAUGCCUGUGGUUCGGCCGACUCCUACACCAGCCGUCCAUCAGACUCCGAUGUGUCCCUGGAGGAGGAUAAGGAGGCAGUGCGCAGAGAGGCAGAGCGACAGGCUCAGGCACAGCUCGACAAGGCCAAGACCAAACCAGUUGCAUUUGCUGUUCGCACAAAUGUCAACUACAGCCCAAGUCACGAUGAUGAUGUCCCUGUGCCAGGCAUGGCCAUCUCCUUUGAGGCUAAAGACUUCCUCCAUGUCAAAGAGAAAUUCAACAAUGACUGGUGGAUAGGACGCUUGGUGAAGGAAGGCUGUGAAAUCGGUUUCAUCCCCAGUCCAGUGAAGCUUGAAAACACUCGUAUCCUCCAGGAGCAGAGAGCCAAACAAGGCAAAUUCCACUCCAGUAAAUUGGGAGCAAACUCAUCUUCUAGUUUAGGUGAAGUGGUUCCUAACUCACGGAAAUCUACUCCUCCUUCAUCUGCCAUUGACAUAGACGCCACAGGCUUAGACCCCGAGGACAAUGAGCUUCCCGUCAACCUGCGCUCCCCUAAAGCCAGUCCAAACACUGUCAUGUCACCCCUAGCAAAAGAGAAACGAAUGCCCUUCUUUAAGAAGACGGAACACAUUCCUCCGUACGACGUUGUGCCUUCCAUGCGGCCCGUGGUUCUGGUUGGACCGUCACUGAAGGGCUACGAGGUGACAGACAUGAUGCAAAAAGCACUGUUUGACUUUUUGAAACACCGAUUCGAGGGAAGAAUAUCAAUCACUCGUGUCACGGCAGACAUCUCUCUUGCCAAGCGCUCAGUCCUGAACAAUCCCAGCAAGCACGCCAUCAUCGAACGCUCCAACACACGCUCGAACUUGGCUGAAGUCCAGAGUGAGAUUGAGCGUAUUUUCGAACUGGCCAGGACGUUACAGCUGGUGGUUCUGGACGCCGACACCAUCAACCACCCAUCACAGCUGGGGAAGACUUCCCUCGCCCCCAUCAUUGUCUACGUCAAGAUCACCUCCCCCAAGGUGCUUCAGCGGCUCAUCAAGUCCAGAGGCAAGUCUCAGGCCAAACACCUCAAUGUCCAGAUGGUGGCAGCUGACAAGCUGGCUCAGUGCCCUCCUGAGAUGUUUGACAUCAUUCUCGAUGAGAACCAGCUGGAGGACGCAUGUGAGCAUAUGGCUGAUUACCUGGAGGCCUACUGGAAAAGCACUCACCCCACCAGCUGCAGCCCCCCCAACCCACUGCUAACCAAGCUGCCCACAGCCGCCCUGCCCUCCAGCCCAGCCCCAGUCUCCGGCGUGCAGGGCAGCAGUGCAGAGCAGAAGGGAGACAAAGCGUUAGUGGAGAGAAAGGGCUCCAGAGAGGAUCACCAGCACCAUCAUCACCAUCACCACCACCACCACCAGAGUCAGGACCAAGCUGAUGCUGACGCAGAGGCUGAGGGGGAGGGCAAUGAGGAGGAGAGGCCCCUGAGGACAGAGUCGUCCAGGAGAGCCCAGCACGUCCACCACCGUUCGUCUUCCACCAGGACUGAGCACCACAACCACCAUCACCACCACCACCACCACAGCAGUCGAGCCAGGGGCCUCUCCCGGCAGGAGACUUUGGACUCUGAGACCCCAGAGAGCCGAGAAAGCAGAGAGAGCCGAGAGAGCAAGGACUCGGCUUACAUUGAGCCACGCACUCAGCUCCUCCACCAGGAAGAGGAGGAGGAGGACGAGGAUCUAGGGGAGGGGCACCCCCAGCAGCAACAGCGCUACGAGCCGCUGCCCCACCGGGACCACAACCACCACCACCACCACCACCAUCACCGCGGUGGAGGCGACGAGGCCGGCCAUGGCACGGGACACCACCGCUCCAAAGAGCGCGAACAGGACCAUAACGAACGCAACAAGCAGCGCUCUCACCACCACCACCGGCCGGCACGCGACCACCACCAUCAUUACUACGACCGGGACAGAGACAGGGACCGAGAGGGGGAGGUGGCUCCCAAAAAGAGGGGUGAUGCAGGGGAAUGGGUCAGAGACUCCUACAUCCACCAGUGACAGACCAAAUCCCUCCUGAAGCUCAUUUGGACUCUCCUCUUAAAGACCAUUCUGUUCUCCCAUUGUGCUGCUAUACCCUGAAACCACAGCAUCCUAUUUAUGUACACUUCCUUUGUAAAUGCUGUUGCAUCUUUUUCAAUGGCAGGAUUUUGAUUACAUAGAUACAAAUAUAAAUAUAUAAAUAUAUGUAUGUGUGUAUCUAUGCAUAGACGUUGUUUAUGUGUGGAUAUGCAUGAAUAUUCUCAAAUAUGCAUAUUUUAAACCUGUGUUUGAUAAAGCAUGACACAAAAGCAGAAUUUUUUUCUGUACUGAGCUGUGCUUUCUGUGAUUAGCAUUUUUUUUUUAUUUUAUUGUUUUUAUUUUAUUAUUUUUUUGCUUGCUACCACUUGAAUGAUAUGUUCCUUCAGACUACUGCUAGGGUUGACUGCAAGAGUUGACUAACCAAGUUAGUUUGAUGCUGUAUUUGCAAAGGUUGUUUCUUUAAAAGAAUAGUCCGGCAAUUUGGGAAAUACACUAAAUGAAUGAAAAAAUAAAAUGAAUGCAGUCUAAUACAACAGUCCUGCAAUAAAUCCCACCUAAUGUUUUUAUUGAAACUAUUUCAGAGAGGUGUUGAUUCAGAUCCUGUCAUUUUGGAGGCUGCAGUUUGUGGUGCUGUCAGGUUGUGUCACACUGACAUAUGUCUCUAUUAUUUUGUCUGCUCAUGUAUAUCAUUGAGAGCGGGCUAAAUAACAGAAACAUGCUCUGUAUAUUCAGUUGAAGCAACGCCUCUUUAAAACAGUUUCAACACAAACUGAACAUUACAACCUUCAUGAAGAGAAGAUUUAUUGCAGAAUCGUUUUAUUAAACUGUUAGUUUUGGCUGGGUGUACCUAAUAAACUGGCAACUGAGUUUAGAUGAGAUUUUACAGUAACAAGUCUAGCAGCCGGUUAGCUUAGUUUAGACUGGAAACCUACCAACACCUCUAAGGUUAUCUGAUUGACACUUUAUAUCUUAUUUGUUUCAUCUGAACAAAAAACAAAGUCUAAAAAUGGUAAAUUGUGUUUUUACAGUGCGGCUUAACUUUAGCUAACUUAAGCUAACUGGCUGCUGGCUGUAGCUUAAUAUUUAACACACAGAUCCUAGAGUGGUGUCAAUUUUCAGCAGCAAAGUUUGUAAAUGUAUUUCCCAAAGUGUCAAACCACUCCAUUAAUUUUAUGUUCAUCAUUUACUGCUCAGUUCCCCUUUUUUUAAAAUUCCGCGUCCCCAGUUUUAGACAUUUGGUUCUAACAUAUUUAUGCCUCCUUCGAGGUGCACCUUAGUCAUGCCUUACAAGACAAACGAGUUCUACAGUAACUUCCUCUCUUACAUGCAGUACUGUUCUCUUUGUAUGGGUCCAGAAACAUUUUAUAACAUUGAUACACCCUUUAUUCUGCACUUUUACUGAUUCACAUUGGUUUCAUGUAAAAGCAAUUUGAUAUGACAUUGCAACUUACUGUAGGUCUACUACCAAAACUCCACCAAGGUUCAUCUUUUAUUAAGUCUGACCCCUUUUUCUAAUGAAUGUUGGUUAACUCCCACUUUAAUUCCCACUUCAUAGUCUACAGAUUGUUAAUUUUAGGAGAUUUAUUCAGUAUGUUCCUCACUAAAAAAAUUAAAAGACACAUUUGCAAAACAAAUUCAAACAAUUUUCUCACUCCCCUGACUAACACAAAGGGAUCAGUUUAAUGCAAAGUGAUGGUGUUUGAUGGUGUAAGAGCGUCCAACACCUGAACUUUAAGCUCAGUCAAAAGUCUGUGACGUUAAACUCAUAUUCUCACAGAUUUUUUCAUGAUACUGAAAAUCUAAAUUGAGCUAAAAUUGAGCCCAAGCCCCUCUGUUUACAAAACCACCAACCCCAACCCUCCUUUUCUUUGAUUUUGCCUGAUAAUUGUAAUUACAAAAAAAUCCAUUUCUAUGCUACAUUGGUAGCACUACAGAUUUUUUAACAGUGUACAUGUGUAUGUACAUAAUGCAUAAAUAUAAAGAAUAAAGUUGGCAACAAAGGACUGCCGCAGGGGGAGAGGAA